UAGAAAUCUCUUUCUUCCCCUAUAUAUGUUACAUAUAAUAUUCUCCUUCUCGUUUAACUCAGUGAGCGUGUGAGUGAGUCAGAAAAAAAAAAAAGAAAGAUAAGGAGAAGCAAGAACAUGGAGAAUAAUAAAGAAACGAAGGCUCAGCCAAAAAGAGGUUUAUGGAAACCAGAGGAAGACUUGAUUUUGAAGAAUUAUAUAGAGACUCAUGGGGAAGGCAACUGGGCAACCGUCUCUAAGAGAUCAGGGUUGAUGAGAGGAGGGAAAAGUUGUAGACUGAGAUGGAAGAAUUACCUUAGACCAAACAUAAAACGUGGCGGCAUGUCUAAGGAGGAAGAAGACCUUAUUAUCCGAAUGCACAAGCUUCUUGGUAACCGAUGGUCUCUAAUUGCUGGGAGACUCCCUGGUCGCACUGACAACGAGGUGAAGAACUAUUGGAAUACCCAUUUGAACAAGAAAAGCAUUUUAGGAAAAAGAAAAGCUGUUGACUCAAACAAGAAACAGAUUGAAAACGAAGACACUGAGACCCUGCAGGAUAGCAAGAAACCAAGCCAAUCACAUAAUUCUCAGCCGAUUUUCAGCACAAGUCCAAAAAGGACAACAGAGGGAUUGGAUUUGGAUGAGAAGAAAGAAGUGAAGGAGCAGAUUAGUGUUAGAGAUACUUCAUGGAUGGAACGUGCGGUUCAGUGCUUCAACAAUGACUAUGACUAUGACAUGGUAGAAACUCCAGUGAUGAUGCAACCCAAUUAUUCAAAUUUUGUGUUUGAUGAAGACCCUUUUCCAUUCUACUUGGAUUCUUUUGUUCAGUUUGAAGCAUUUGGGACAGAUUCCGAUGUGGGAAUCCAAUCAUUCUUGCCUUAGUUACAGCAUAAACGCGGACCACCACCUGGGCAGAGCUCUUAGCUGGCUGGCCUGCUGGGGCUGGGGCCUAAGGGCAA